UACAACACCAAUGACCAAACUCUCACAAAACUAUUCAUUUUCUCAACACCAAAAACUUUUUAUUAUUAUUCAUUCAUUUCUCCUCCAUGAACGACCCAUCACACCAUGCUCCUCCUCAGCCCCCCUCCGACGCCAAGAAGCCCCCGUCACCCAUCCAGGGCCCACGUCCUCCGCCUCUCAGCAUCAACAAAAACUCUCACAAAAUCAAGAAACCACCCAAGCCACCCCUCCCUCAGCAGCCCAUCAUAAUCUACUCGGUCUCUCCCAAGAUCAUCAACGUCGCCGUUUCCGACUUCAUGACCACCGUCCAACGCCUCACGGGGGUCUCCUCCGACGACUUCUGCACCGGAGGAGAUGUGUCCCCCGCUGCCAGGCUGGCUUCCACUGAGAAAGUGAUAAGUCCAAAGGAGAAGGCUUUGAGUGUAGAGGCUUCUGAAGAGAUGGUAGAGGAAGGGAUUGAUGUGGGUCAGAUUCCAGGGAUACUUUCGCCGUCGAUGCUGCCGCCGCUGAUCCCAGAACGGUACUUUUCUCCGGCGGGUGACCCGUAUUCGUUUCCUUCGUUCUUGGCGAGCCCCGGGUCGGGGUUGUUUCCAGGUUCUAUGGGCUCUCCCAUUUUUUCACCUGAAAUUUUUGGUCAAAUUUGGAAUUUUUAGCUUUUCUUUUUCAAUUUUGGUUAAUUUUAAUUUUUUUUUUUUUUAUGUUAGAUUUGGAAAUUUUUGCUAGAUUUUGUUGCGUUAGAUUUAUAUUUUUCUUUUUCCUUUUUGUAAUUAUAGUUGAGAUGUUGUAAUUGUAAAGAGAGGGAAGAGGUCGAUUAGAUUUGUGAUUAAACAAGAUUAGUGGAGGCUAAUUCUCUAAUUAGCAAAAUAAUUAGAGAUGUUUUUGUAAUUAAUUAAUUAUGUUAUUCUAUUUUGUUUACAUUAUUUA